AUGUCAAGCCUAGAAAAAGGUGAAGACCUUAAACGUUUCUCAUUCAAUAGUACUUACUCGCCUACCGCAAGCGUGUCUAUUGAUAUCCCCGUGACUACUCUUGUACCGAAUAAACGAAAGACCAGUCCUAUUGCAGCUUCCCCGUCUGGAAGUUAUGUUGCUUUAUUUGAUGAUGAAAAAGAAUCGAUAAGUGUAUGGAUGAUAUCGAAAAUUAAUAAUGAACUUGAGCCGAUCUCAGAAGUAGAUGUGAAAUCCAGUACUAAUUAUCAAGGUUUUGCCAUCUCCGAUUAUGGGUAUCUGGCAUCUGGUCAUGUCGUUUAUUCAUUUGUUUCGGACAAGAAGCAACCGUAUCUUGAGCCUGAUUUAACUACUUUGAGGUCCAGCUUUGCAUUCUGCUACGCUUUUCUCUCAUCUGGCGAAUUUGUUGUUGUCAAUGACCUUGGGAUUCAUCGAUAUUGCGCGGAAGGCGAUCAAUGGAAACACAGUACAACAUCAUUUGAGUGGUCAUCUGAGGCGGAAGAAGCCGUCGACAGGCGAACUCGUCGCAGGCGAGUUCAAUAUUCGAUUAUUAACGAAAAACUGAUAUGUGUGUACGACGACCACUUGACACAAUGGGAUCUCGGUAGCGGAAAGAUGGAGACGGAAUAUUAUCUCGAUAAUUCUACUUCUCUACAGGAGAGAAGACAUAAUGAAGAUAACUACAUUAUUGCAAUAGAUUCUAAUGCGAUUUUAUCCGCGUUAAUAACGCACGACGAUGAUUUUCAGAAAUUGACAGUGUAUUGGGUGCAAACAGCACUUCCAAUGUCGACGGUACAAAUUAUCAAUGACGAUGACGACCACGUUGUUGCAAUGGAAUUUAUAGAGUCAUCGUCUUGUACCUUGUUAGUGACAAUAACGAAAAAGGGAAAGGCUAUGUUAUGGAACCCACACUGCCUGAAAUGGAAUUCUUCUUCUGGAGACAUUGGUGAACCAUUGGACGCAUUCAAUCUUCAAGAACAUUGCACGCUUACAGAGUGGUUGCCUGGCCUGACCUUCACACUCAGCGGAGGAAUAAUACUAAUUUCGGUAGAUGGUAUACCAACUGUCUUACACAUAUUAACCAAACACAUUGAUAAUUACCAGAAUCAUUUAUUUAAUGCUCCAUUGCAAGCUACUCUCAUCAGAGAUCUUGUUAAUAUUCACUCGGAUGAUUCAUCAGAUACACAUAAUCUAAACGGAAGAUUUCUUCAAUGGAUCAUUAGCCGAAGAACUGGACUUCGUGUUUACAAAGAAUCGUGUUUUAUCUGUUCGAUCACCGCUCAAAAGUUUGAAUACUUUGGAUGGAUAAAAAACGCGACUAUUUUGGACAAUGAUGAGUUACUAGUACUCACUAAUAGAUGUCUGUGUAUAUUCUUUCUCGAUGGUAUUAAUGAUUCAAUAGAAAUAAGUUACUACUGGGAUGAUGACAGGUGGCCUACCUAUGGACCUAAAAUUUCUCAAUUGAGCUUGAUCAAUGCCUUGGAAAGGCAAGAAAGCGUAAUAUGGUGGGAUCUACUUUUCGAAAAAUACGAACACGCUAGCGGACCGCUGCCGCCGCCAAGCUUCAAGAGUAUUUGGUGGCAUAAGCAAAAUGCGAUAGCAGAUAGUUCGCUGCAACGAAUUCGUAUCUUUAACAACCUUAUUCGGAUGCUGACAAGUGAAGAAAACCUGGCCAAAUACGGUUAUAUAUUACUUCCAGAGGCAAUCAAACAGCGCGACGACGUUAUUGUAGAAACUAUAGUCAAAACUUGUAUUGAUCUUUUUUGCAAGAACUCAAUUACGUACAUUGGAAUGUUGCAGAUAAUUACUGCAUCUCUACCAAAGCUGUGCGAGUAUUAUCCAGACCAGACAGCAUUUUAUUUUUCAAAGAUACGCUUGAUUUUGGAACCGCGUUGUCAUUCCAUAAAUCGAUUGAAGUUACCUGCUCGCCAUUUAUACGCAUUUUCACGUAAAUUCGGAAGACCAGACGAUUUCAGUUAUCUGGAUACAUCACAAGUACCAGAAGUGACAUCCACAUAUUUAAAUUUGUUGUUCAACGUGCAGCAGUUAGUGUCUCCGCUCCAGAGCAGUAUCUCACUGACAUUUGCAUGGGUACGAUAUGCAGGGCUCUAUGCUUUUAUAUACAUUCGGCAUACGUUAGUAACAUUUAUGUAUAGAAUUUUAAUCCCUAUUACGUAUAGUAUAAUACGCGUUAAGAGACGUUCCACUCUAACACUUGUGGUUGGGUUACCAAGAUUCUGUGCAUACCCAUCAAAGUACUCGUUCUUGAAAGAUUUCCUUUUCCCAGCAUCAAGCCCGUUUGUAACAAGUACCGUGAGCGAUAAUCGCGACCUGUUUAGAAUGUGGGAUGUAGAAGCAUUGAUAAAUUUCAAAUGGCAAACAUUUGGCUUGUAUUACUACAUAUUUAUCUGGAUACAGUUUCUAGCGCUGUUUGUAUGCUUUGCAGCUACGAUGACAGAAGACGAGUCCGGUUUAGUUGAUCAAUCCACAAAAAGAAACCUAGUUUUAGCGUCGGCUAUACUUGCAGUGUGGCAUCUUCAUUUUGAAGUCAGGCAAUUCAUUUGGAAUCCGGUAUAUUAUGUUUUAUCCCCAUGGAAUUGGAUCGAUUGCGGCGCCUUUGGUUUCCCUCUUGUUACGUCUUUGUUUUUUCUGCAAGGACAUGAAGUGCCAAGAUGGAUGUCUGCAUUUUCCAUCCUGCUCCUUUGGAUGAAAUUGCUAUUGUUAAUUCGGCCUUUUAAAUAUUUUGGCAUUUACAUAGCAAUAAUCUUUGGAGUUGCACAACAAGUUUUUUCCUUCUUGGUGGUUCUCGGAAUCAUGAUCGUAGGCUUUUCUCAUGCAUUUUUCGUAUUGCUGAGACCAAUGCCUGGUUCAUCAAUCGACACGCCACCAAGCUCACUAAAUGGGGGAGAUCCAAACGAUCCGUGGCAGCUGACACCAACUUUUAGCCAAAUGUUGAGCAAUGGUACACUUGUAGAUGCUCCGAUACUGAUUCAGGAUCCGGAUGCAAAUACAAAUAUGUACUCUUGGUUCGGUUCCUCGCUUUUGGCAGUAUACAGGUUUCUUGCUGCUGGUGAUUGGUCAUCGUUUGACGGGUGGAAUGCAGAAGAUAAUCCUGAACUCGCGGUGAUGAUGGUUGCAUUCUCAUUUUUCACUGUAAUCUAUUUGAUGAACCUGUUCAUUGGUUUGUUGAGUAAUGCAAUCAAUACGUAUCAUGAGCACGGGUCAUACUUGGCACAAAAAGCGGAGGUAUUGGCCGAAAUUGAGUUAUUUUAUCUACUUCCGCAUCAACGAAGGUCAACAUGGUUUCCCGACAUCAUAUAUUUCGAGGCUGAUACAAAAGAAUUACGGCAAGUCAUGCAAGAAAUUAUUCAGAAUAAUCCCAAUUAUUUGCGUGAGCUUCCAAAGCAUACCACGAGAAUAUUGAAGAUUUUUGGACAUCAAAUCAGUUGA